UACUCUUGAUGGUACACGUGUCACGCGCGGAAUAUUUUGCCUUUGCCCUCCUCUCACCGCCAUAGCCGCGGCGAGGCGAGACGACGAAGCUGGGGCAAUCGACAAUGCUGCUCAGGACCUCCUCCACGCCGGCGCGUGGAUCCUUCGAUCUCGCGGAAGCAGUGGAAGGUGAGAGGGCUAGGAUCGCUGGAUUCGCGUCACCGGCGGCGAGCUCUUGCUGCUCUAGCCGGGAGCUCGAUCGCGCGCUCUCGGUCAGGAGGAUCCAGUCGGAGAGCGAUCUCUCGGCAGUGAGAUCCCUGGCGCCGCCAUGCAUUUCGGCGAAUACUGGCGAUAGCGGCGGCCAUGGCCGCCUCCGCAAUGGCUCUCGAAGAUCAAUGCCGCCGCUCAAGCGCCACUCCUCGCUCCCCGCUGGCGCCGGUUCCGCGCUGGAUUCCUUCUUGGACGAGUUGAAAGCGCCAGUGCCAGAAGAAUCGGUGCUCCUUGGGAGCGACUGUGAAGAAGAACGAUGUAGCAUCUCUGGGUGCUUUGGAGGGAAUGGAGGAUCGUGUUUGUCUAGCAGCACCAUCAACCAUUGGAGCUCACUGGAGCUUCCAGUGAAGUCUCUCCAGGAUUUCAACGAGCUCCAUGCAAUGUCCAUCGCGGGAGGAUUUGGAAUUGGUGGUGGUGGUGGGCUUGGAACCAUCACCGGCGGUGGUGGCGGUGGUGGCAACCGCGAUCGCCCAUGCGGCAUGGACGCUCACUACCGGCGGCUACUCGCGGAAGAUCCGGGCAAUUCUCUCUUGCUCAGGAACUAUGCUAGAUAUUUGUACGAGAAGCGAGAUCUUCCAAGGGCCGAGGAGCUGUACGAGCGAGCCAUCCUUGCGAGCCCCGACGAUGCAGAGCUCCGCGCCCAGUAUGCUAGACUCAUCUGGGAGUUUCGGAGGGACGAGGAGCGAGCUGCGAGUUACUUCGAGCAAGCUGCCCAGGCCUCGCCAGACGACUGCUCCGUGCUGGGUGCUUAUGCGGCGUUUAUGUGGGACGUUGACGAAGAUGAAGAGCCAAAGAACCACGCAAUGCCUGUCCAUUCUGCCAUAGUCUCGGCAGCAUAAAGUGGUGGUAGUGUUCUUUGCUAUGAUCGAUCUAAUAAAUCGUAACUUCGUCUCCCAGAGAA